UACAUAACAAGGUCACACUUAAUUUGUAUAAUGUGAUCAUAUUUAAUUCGGGUAAGAAUUUUCGUUUUCUAGCAUUUGUAACGUUCUUUUAGUACUAUAUUUCCCAUCUUUUGUCUCAUCCUUCUGCUUCUCACCUCACAAUUUUAUCUUGGAAUGCCUCUUUAAAGCCGCCACCAAAUUUCUCAUUAAACUCAUAUCUCACUCUCUCACACACACACACACUACACACUCAGAAAGACAGACAGAGAGAGAGAGAGACAGCCAUGGCCAUGCACAAACUUAUGCUACUUGUGAUGAGUACAUCAAUUUGCAUGUUCUUGCAGUACUUGUGUCCUCUUGAAGCAGCCCCUGAAGAUUAUCUUGUGACAAAUCUUCCUGGAUUCAAGGGCACUUUCCCUUCUAAACACUACUCAGGGUAUGUGAAAUUGGAUGGAAAUCCUCCAAAGAACCUCUUUUAUUACUUUGUAGCAUCGGAAAGAAGUCCGGCCCGUGAUCCCGUUGUGUUAUGGCUGAAUGGAGGACCAGGUUGCUCUAGCUUUGAUGGCUUUGUCUAUGAGCAUGGGCCUUUUAAUUUUGAAGCAGCAAAACACAAAGGGGGUUUGCCUGUUUUGCAUCUUAAUCCAUAUAGUUGGUCUAAGGUUGCCAGUAUUAUCUAUUUGGACUCACCCGUCGGUGUUGGAUUCUCCUAUUCUGCAAAUACAACCUAUUAUGUAACCGGAGACCUACAGACUGCAGCUGAAACUCAUCUUUUCCUUCUUAAGUGGUUUGAGCAAUUUCCCGAGUUCACCUCCAAUCCAUUUUAUAUCGCGGGCGAGUCUUAUGCUGGGAUUUACAUCCCUACUCUUGCUUCUGAUGUCAUCAAAGGAAUCAAGAACGGUGCUAAACCAGUUAUCAAUUUCAAGGGAUACAUGGUGGGAAAUGGGGUUUGUGACCCUGGCUUUGAUGGCAAUGCACUUGUUCCAUUUGCACAUGGGAUGGGCCUAAUUUCCGCUAAUAUGUUUAAGGAAGCUGAAGUCCUCUGCAAAGGGAAUUACCACAAUUCCAUCAACAAUAAAUGCCAAAAGAUACUGUACAAGAUCGACAGGGUUUUAGAUGAAUUGAACAGAUACGACAUCCUCGAACCCUGCUUCCACCACGUUGGUCUAAAUGACGUUGCGAAUGAAAACACAACUGGCCUACCACAGAGCUUCAAGGAGCUGGGUCAAACUGAGAAGCCUCUUGCUGUGAGAAAGAGGAUGUUUGGCCGUUCGUGGCCAUUCCGUGCACCAGUUGAAGAUGGAAUCAUCCCAUUAUGGCCACAGCUGAUGAGAAAGAUCACGGUCCCUUGUAUGGAUGAUGUACAGGCAACUAUAUGGCUGAACGACGAUGCAGUCAGAAAAGCAAUUCAUGCUAGUCCGGAGAGUGGAAACUGGAGUCUGUGUGUCGAUUUGCGAUACACUCAUGAUGCAGGAAGCAUGCUCAGCUACCACAAGAACCUGACAUCUAGUGGCUACAGGGUUUUGAUAUAUAGUGGAGAUCAUGAUAUGUGUGUUCCAUUCACUGGAACUCAAGCAUGGACACAGUCACUAGGAUACAAGAUAGUGGAUGAAUGGAGACCUUGGAAAUCCAACCGCCAAAUCGCAGGAUUCAUACAGGAGUAUGCUAAUGAUUUCACUUUCCUCACCGUCAAGGGAGCUGGACAUACCGUGCCUGAAUACAAGCCUAGAGAAUCACUUCACUUUUUCAGUCGUUGGAUCGAAGGGCUGCGGAUUUAAUUGACUAACAAAGAGGAAAGGAAAAUCGCGAGCUGUUAUCUAUACAUGCUGGUAAUAAGCAAUAACAGAGAAACUUGAGAAACAAAGUUGAACAGACUUUGUUUAAACCUUAAUGUUUGAGUAUUCCUCCAAGGUUCCUUUCUGAAAAUUUGGAGGAUAAUCAGAAAUGAAUGCAAUGAAGAUUUCUGGUUUAA